CACAAAAUUUACUUUUUGCAGAUUUAAAAACUUUUAAUUCGAUUCAACCGAUCGUCUCGUUGCUGAACACUGUUUGCUGGUGACUAGUUUAAGCAGGAAAUGAUCAAAUCAAAGCGACGGAAAGGGGUGAUGAUCCUUCGUGUAUAGGAGAAGAUCAGUGAAUCAGAAGAGUCCCCCUGAAGAAGGGGAGGUCAUUGAAUUGGCUUUCGAGUGAAGAAUAUUCGAAUGGGGGUGACAACCCAUGGCCGCCAUUUCGAGGCGUUCCUCAACCUCCUCCAAGAUUGCGUCGACUCCAACUCCUUAAGCCAAGGCAAGAUCGCCCAUGCCCUGAUCCUCAGAUUUGGAUUCUUGGGGUUUCCUUUCCUCUGCAAUCGCAUCAUAGAUAUGUAUUCGAAACUGAAGGAGAUGUCAAGUGCACGCCAAUUGUUUGACGAAAUGCCUCUGAAGGAUACCGCCACCUGGAACAUACUCAUUGGCGGAUACUGCAAAUUGAGACGAAUGGAAGACGCACGCCGCUUGUUCGAUGAGAUUCCACGGCGUGACGAUGUCUCCUGGAACACCGUGAUUGCAGGUUACGCUCAGGCGAGCAACGGCGUCGAAGCUCUAGAGCUCUAUAGCAAAAUGCUUUCUGUUAGCCAGACGCCAACCGAGUUUUCAGUAUCUAGUGCUCUCCGGGCCUGCUCGAGUUUGUUGAGGUUGGACCAAGGCAGAAUGCUGCAUUGCCAUGUUUACAGGUUCGGGCUGGAAGAGAACGUCUUUGUCUCGAGCUCGCUUGUCGACAUGUACAGCAAAUGCCGGAUGUUGGAAUAUGCAGGACGAGUGUUUGAUAGAAUGUCGGAGAGGAACACUGUUACUUGGAAUGCAAUGCUAACUGGGUUCUCCCGCAAUGGCUUCGCAGAAGAAAGUUUUCGGGUUCUUGGUCAGAUGCUGAAUUCUAGAAUCAGGCCGGAUCAUAUAACCUUUUCCGUUAUUCUGAGUGUUUGUGCUAGUUCAGCAAACUUGGUUGCUGGAAAGCAAAUGCAUGGUUUCAUGUUUAAGGUCCCUUCAGCCAUGGAUGUAUUUGUUGAGACUGCACUUGUUGAUGUAUAUGCUAAGUGUGGGUGCAUUGAGGAAGCACGGCGAGUAUUUGAUAAUAUGUCGAAGCUCAAUACUGUUUCAUGGAGCACAAUUAUCAUGGGUUACGCGCAAAACGGCCAUGGCGAGGCGGCUGUUGCUCUGUUUGAAGAGAUGUCUAGCUCAGGAAUCAAGCCAGAUGCAGUGACAUUUCUUGGUGUCCUAACUGCAUGCAGCCAUGCGGGGCUUGUCGAGAAAGGCCGACAUUAUUUUGAUUCAAUGGAACGUGAUUAUGGAGUAACCCCAGAUGCGACCCAUCAUGCAGCCAUUGUUGAUCUCCUUGCUCGUGCUGGUCAUGUGCAUGAGGCGAAAAAUCACAUCGACAAGAUGCCAUUUAAGCCAGAUGGUGCGGUCUGGGGUGCAUUGCUUGGAGCCUGCCGAGUUCAGCGCAACCUAGAACUGGGAAAACUUGCAGCGUCUAAGGUCUUAGAAAUGGACCCACAGAAUGCUUCUGCAAACAUGCUUCUUUGUAGCCUUUAUGCUGAGUGCCGUAAUUGGGAUGAAGUAGCAAAACUGAGAAGCAAAAUGAAAGCUUUGGGUGUCAGAAAGGAUCCAGGUUGUAGUUGGAUUGACGUAGCUAAUGCUACUCAUACUUUCGUUGCAGAUGACAACUUGCAUCCUCAAAUAAAGGAAAUUAAUCUUGCUUUGGAAAAACUGAUCAAUCUUUUCGAAGAUAGAGGUUAUCCAUCGUCAAAAAUUUACUUGAACAAUCCAAGCGAGGAAGGGCAGCAGUCUCGUCACAGUGAGAAAUUAGCCAUUGCUUUUGGAUUAAUGAACACCUCACCUGAUGAGACAAUCAGAAUCAUGAAGAACCUCCGUGUUUGUCUUGACUGCCAUACUUUUAUGAAAUUUGUCUCUCAGGCUGUGGGUCGUGCAAUCAUCUUGCGCGAUGUAUGUCGCUUCCAUCAUUUUCGGGAUGGGAGGUGUUCUUGUGGUGAUUAUUGGUAACUCAGAAUCUUCAAGAACUUAUUGCAGAGGCGUUGCAUUUUUCAGCAGAAAAGUUCUGUGGACAUGCACGUUAUGUACUGGUGGUAUUCAAUAAAGAAAAGGUACUGCAACUUCCUUUGACAUACUUCUGGCCAAGGAUAACUGCAUGUUAUAAUCGACUUAUGUUGCCAAGCUUGCAUGCCUUCCAUCAUAUGUGCUCUAAGAUACUUUUGAGGUUUAGAAAGAAGAUAAAGUAGAACUUGCGAAGGAGGAAGAGAAGAAGAUAAUUAGGAGGAAAAGAAAGUUAAUAGAGCUGAUUUUGUUGGCUAUCCUUCUACUCGUCUUUGUGACAUACGGCCUCUUUGGAAGUCUUUUCACGUACACGUAGAAAUAGUCAGGGAGGUCCAUAUGAAGUAAAAAGCUAGUCAGAUUCGACUAGAAACUAUGCAGAAAACUGCCACAUUGAUACGAGCGUUUAUUUGGUUUACUGGAUCACCUUCAACCGCUGUGGAUUAUGAGGGAGGAUAAGCUGCCCAUAUAAUGCAGUUAUUGCCUGUCUGAUCCUGCAUCCAGUUUUUCUCCGGAGUCCAGGUUACAAUUUGAUCCAUACCAGAUGCAAGAUUGGCUGCAUGCUACUACGGCCGCAACAAAACGGAAUCAAGUUCCUGUGCUAGAGGUGUGGAUUAAGAAAUCCUGCUGUAUAGUCAGGCAAGUUCCAAAUUUUCAUUAUUUUUAUCCGAAGAGUAGCAGGUCCGACCUGGUUGGACCUGUGGACAUUUGUGUUAUUCAAGGAAUAACCUGCUAGAUGGGAAAAACCAGGAGAACUUUAUAUGUCGUUGAUUUACAUGGUGCUUGACUGCUGCUUCAAUUUUUCUACAGUUUACUGAUGAUGGAAAAGUACUCUUACUAGGAGGCCUUCAUUGGACGAUUGUUUCAUGUGUCUGAUUUACUAGGGCAAGGAAUGAGCCCUACUACUGCUGUUGUUGUAUCAGCCAUAAUUUAUGUAAUCAUGAAUGUUAGUCUAUUUUUUCACAAUUAUGAAUAAUUGUCACACAAUAUCAUUAGCUUUUUAUUGUGGUU